UAUUUGCCCAGGUAAGAUUUCUACUUUUUACUGUGUCACCGGCUACAUUGAUGUGGAAAACAGCAAGUGAACCACGUGUUACAUCUAUAGUGCGUGUCACGAAUUACCUGCAGUCCUGAGUGCAUUCUCGGAUUCCCAGACGCUGGGAUUAAUAGUGAAACUCGCCGGAAUGUGUAACAAGCGGCGCAAACCCAAUUAUUAAUGGCGGGUUGUUGUGGAGAAAGAAAUUCCGUGAUCCUUGAAGUUUCUCAACGAAGCGUUAAAGCAUACUGCCAGCCCGAGUACUGUACUAGCUGUUCGGUUCUCCGGGUCAGUGGAGUUUCGCCAUUGAUUUUUCCAGUCUCGAUUCCGAAGACGAAUCAUGGAAUUUGAAAGUGAUGGGGAUCGCGUUGUUGGGAAACGAUCAGAGAAGGACGUUCCGAGGAAUAUGCAGGAAAUUAUAGACGGCGUUUACUUCCCGCGGACACUGUCGUGGUGCGGCGUGUGCUCUUGCUUAGAAGGAACGGAGAAUGAGCAGCUCAAGAGAAAUACGAAACGCACCAAAUGCGAAGCCUUGGACGAUAUCAGCGGUAUCAUCCUUGGUUGCUCGGCGGAAUGCGUCCCCAAAGAAACGCGGUCUUCUUCCGGACACAAAUUCAAGGUUCUUUGUCGAACUCAUCUCAAGCGUUUGCAAGGGCACAUGUGUUGUCCUUUCUGUGACGUUUUCUGCACUCAGGGCACUUUCUUGGUUUGUUCUUGUGGGAACGAAGGAUUCCACUUUUUCCACGCCGCGUGUGCUUUGAAAUUUCAUCACGAUGUGAAGGAUGAUGUGCGAUGCCCUCACUGUGGUCAUCAGCCAAAAGAGGAAGGCUUUGAUGAGUGGAGCUCAAGAAUCGCAACAGAUAGUCUUUCAGAAGAUUGCAAAAAUCGCCUGAUCCAUGCGAAGGAACUGGCGAAAAAAGAAGAGGGAAGAAGACGUGAAGCGUCACCCAAGUGA